GCGGCGGCGCAUGCGCGGGGAGGGCGGCGGCGGUAGCGGGGCCGCAGCGAGCGGGGCCGACGCCGCCUCACCCGCCGCCCCGUCAGCGCACGGCGAGCGGCCCCGGAGCCCGGCCCCUCCCGCGCCGGAUGUGAUGGCCGCCCGGGCGGGGGGGUGAGGAGCCGAGCCAGCGGCGGCUGAGAGCCCCAGCGCGGCCCGGCCCUGACGAGCGCCGGUGGCGGCGGCUUCUCCUUCCCUCCCCUCGGCGCCCCCCAUGCCCCGGGCGCCGUAGCCGGCCGGGGAGCGGCGAGGCGGACGGCCCCGAUGCGGAGGAGCCGGCGGCGGGCGCCAUGCAGCCGCCGCCGCAGCCGUACGAAUUCUUCGGCGAGGAGAACGGCCCGAAAUGGCGGGGGCUCUUCGUGCCCGCCCUGCGCAAGGUUCAGCAACAGGUUCAUCCAAACCUUUCAGCAAAAGAAGAUUCGCUGUAUUACAUUGAAGAGUUGAUACUUCAGCUGCUGAACAAGCUAUGCAUCGCUCAGCCGCGGACGGUCCAAGACGUAGAGGAGCGCGUUCAAAAGACAUUUCCUCAUCCAAUAGACAAGUGGGCGAUUGCUGAUGCGCAGUCUGCUAUAGAGAAACGAAAACGAAGAAACCCUCUCCUGCUGCCUGUGGACAAAAUACAUCCUUUAUUAAAGGAGGUCCUGGGGUACAAGGUGGAUUACCACGUCUCUCUAUAUAUCGUGGCUGUCUUGGAAUACAUCUCAGCUGACAUUUUAAAGCUGGCUGGAAACUAUGUUUUCAACAUACGGCACUUUGAGAUCUCCCAGCAGGACAUUAAAGUAUCAAUGUGCGCUGAUAAGGUUUUGAUGGAUAUGUUUGAUCAGGAUGACAUUGGGUUGGUUUCUCUCUGCGAAGACGAACCCUCUUCUUCUGGGGAACUCAACUACUAUGACCUAGUGAGGAACGAAAUAGCAGAAGAAAGGCAAUAUCUGCGGGAGCUGAAUCUGAUCAUCAAAGUAUUUCGGGAGGCUUUCCUAUCAAACCGAAAAUUGUUCACACCUAAUGAUAUCGAUGUGAUAUUUAGCAACAUUUCAGAUAUUCAUGAGCUGACAGUGAAGCUUUUAGGAUUGAUCGAGGAUACUGUCGAAAUGACGGAUGAAAGUAGUCCCCAUCCUCUGGCUGGCAGCUGCUUCGAGGAUCUCGCAGAGGAGCAAGCCUUUGAUCCAUAUGAAACUUUGUCGCAGGAUAUUCUCUCUCCACAAUUUCAUGAGCAUUUUAAUAACUUAAUGGCCAAACCUGCUGUUGCUCUCCACUUCCAGUCAACUGCUGAAGGGUUUAAAGAAGCCGUACGAUACGUCCUCCCGCGGCUCAUGCUCAUCCCAGUCUAUCAUUGUUUGCACUACUUUGAGUUACUGCAGCAAUUGCAGGAAUGCAGCGAAGACGAGGAAGAUCGGGAGUGUCUCAAACAAGCCAUCACCGCGCUCCUCAACCUGCAGUGCAGCAUGGAGAGAAUCUACAGCAAACACUCCCCACGACGGCGCCCGGGGGAGCCGGUGUGUCGCUUCUACAACCGACAAAUAAGAAGCAAGCACUUGGCCAUCAAGAAAAUGAAUGAAAUCCAGAAAAACAUUGAUGGCUGGGAAGGCAAAGAUAUUGGGCAGUGCUGUAACGAAUUCAUCAUGGAAGGUGGCUUGACGAAAAUCGGCGCCAAGCACGAGCGCCACAUCUUUCUCUUCGAUGGCUUGAUGAUCAGCUGCAAAGCGAAUCACGGUCAGUCCCGGCUCCCCGGCUACAGCAACGCCGAGUACAGGCUGAAGGAGAAGAUCAUCAUGAGGAAAAUACAGAUCAUCGACAAAGAUGACACGUCCGAAUACAAACACGCUUUUGAACUGGUGUCUAAAGAUGAGAACAGCGUGUUAUUUGCUGCCAAGUCCGCUGAAGAGAAGGGGAACUGGAUGGCGGCGCUGAUUUCCCUGCAGUACCGCAGCACGCUGGACAGGAUGCUCGACGCCGUGUUGCUGCAAGAAGAAAACGAGCAACCGCUGCGGCUGCCCAGCCCCAGCGUGUAUCGGUUCGUGGUGGAAGACUCGGAAGAGAACGUUGUGUUUGAGGACAACUUGCAAAGCAGGAACGGCAUUCCCAUCAUCAAAGGAGGGACGGUUGUGAAGUUGAUCGAGCGGUUAACGUACCACAUGUAUGCAGAUCCCAAUUUUGUACGUACUUUCCUUACCACGUACCGCUCCUUUUGCAAGCCCCAGGAGCUGCUGAGUUUACUGAUCGAAAGGUUUGAAAUCCCGGAGCCGGAGCCUACGGAAGCAGACAGGCUGGCCAUCGAGAAAGGGGAGCAGCCCAUCAGCGCCGACCUGAAGCGAUUCCGCAAGGAAUACGUCCAGCCGGUGCAACUCAGAGUAUUGAAUGUUUUCCGGCACUGGGUAGAGCACCAUUUUUACGAUUUUGAGCGAGAUCUGGAGCUACUCGAGAGACUGGAGACGUUUAUUUCCAGUGUCAGAGGGAAAUCCAUGAAGAAGUGGGUGGAAUCGAUCGCUAAGAUCAUCAAGCGCAAGAAGGCGCAAGCCAGCGGCAUCAGUCACAACAUCACCUUCGAGAGCCCGCCGCCCCCCAUCGAGUGGCACAUCUGGCGCGUGGGGCACAGCGAGGCGCUCGACCUCAUGACUCUGCACCCCAUCGAGAUCGCGCGGCAGCUCACGCUCCUCGAGUCCGACCUGUAUAGGGCAGUGCAGCCUUCUGAACUCGUCGGUAGCGUGUGGACUAAAGAAGAUAAGGAAAUUAACUCCCCGAAUCUCUUGAAAAUGAUUCGUCAUACUACAAAUCUCACCCUUUGGUUUGAAAAGUGCAUCGUGGAAACGGAGAACUUCGAGGAGCGGGUGGCUGUGCUGAGCCGGAUCAUCGAAAUCCUGCAGGUUUUCCAAGAUCUGAACAAUUUCAAUGGCGUUCUGGAGAUCGUCAGCGCAAUGAACUCCGUGUCGGUGUACAGGCUGGAUCACACCUUUGAGGCACUACAGGAGAGAAAAAAAAGAGUUUUGGAUGAAGCAGUAGAAUUAAGUCAAGAUCAUUUUAAAAAAUAUUUAGCUAAGCUCAAGUCAAUCAAUCCACCCUGUGUGCCUUUCUUUGGAAUAUACCUAACAAACAUUUUGAAGACAGAAGAAGGGAACCCCGACUUCCUUAAAAGACAAGGGAAAGAAUUAAUUAACUUCAGCAAGAGGAGAAAAGUGGCUGAAAUCACAGGAGAAAUUCAGCAGUAUCAAAACCAGCCUUACUGUUUACGGAUAGAGCCAGAAAUCCGGAAAUUCUUCGAAAAUCUCAAUCCUAUGGGGAAGAUACCAGAAAAAGAGUUUACAGACUAUCUGUUCAACAAGUCACUAGAAAUUGAACCUCGAAACUGCAAGCAGCCGCCUAGAUUUCCCAGAAAAACAACGUACCCCCUGAAAUCUCCCGGGAUAAGGCCCAACACGGGCAGACACGGCUCCACGUCGGGCACCGUGCGUGGCCACCCGCUGCCGCUGGAGAAGGAGCCCAGCAAGAUCAGCUUCAGCCGCAUCACCGAGGCGGAGCACGAAUCGACCGUGUCGGCACCCACCUCGCCCAACACGCCGUCCACGCCGCCCGUGUCCGCGUCUUCCGAGUUCAGCGUCUUUUUAGACAUCGAUCUCAACAGUUCUUACGGUAACAAUAGCAUCUUCGCUCCCGUCAGUUUGCCACAGUCGAAGACUUUCUUCAGCUCCUGGGGCAGCUUUCCCAAACUGAGCGAUGAGCCUCAAAACCCUCCUCCGCUUCCCCCACGAAAAAAGAUGGAUCAGGACGCUUCCAGUGCCAAGGGAAGUUUAAAACCGGACGACGACCCUCCGGCGAUUCCACCUCGGCAGCCGCCUCCUCCAAAGAUCCAACCCCGCGCUCCCGCUUACACCGGCCCCUUCGAGCAGCCGCUGCACAGCCCUCCUCCUCCGCCCCCCCGCGACCCCCUGCCCGACACCCCGCCGCCCGUCCCGCUGCGCCCGCCCGAGCACUUCAUCAACUGCCCGCUCAGCCUGCAGCCGCCGCCGCUGGGCCGCGCGCCCCGGGAGCCCGAGCGGCUGCGGGAGCCCAGCGCCGCGUCCCCCGGCACCCCCCCGGGCACCCCCUCGCCCCGCGUCCCGCGCCGCUGCCACAACAGCCCGGGCCACCCGCCCGCGCCCCCCGUCCCGCCCCGGCACAACUCCAGCCCCCAGCUACCAAAACUGCCACCAAAGACUUACAAAAGGGAGCUCUCCCACCCUCCUUUGCACAGACUGUCUUUGCUAGAAAACGCAGAAACUCCUCAAUGACCUUAGCCAUAGUAGUCAUUGACACUGGAAUAGUAUUUGUAAAGUUUUCCUUUUUGUUUUUUUUUAUUUAUUCAUUCAAAAAGCAGUGUAUUUUAGUACUUUCACAAAUUAUGCUCUUAAAGUGCUGCUGAUCAAAACAAACCCCAAGGUUUCAAUUGGAAAAGCACGUCUCCACCCACUCUAGCCCAAGGCGGCAGAACCACCCUCAGGUGAUCAGCAGCGCGGCCUUGGUUCACACCCUCAGUGCCGACAGUUAUGCCAGUACACAAAAUAUAUCUUUUUGCACUGUAAACUACACUAAAUGAAUUUAAACUGACAUCGUUUAAUUGCACUGAGCCAAAAAAAAAAAGAAAAAGGUGCGACUGUGGAUUUUUUUUUUUCAAAUUUGAGCACUAGUGGCCUUUUUUUAUUAUUAUUUAAAAGAAAAAAGAACAACAGGAUGAUUUCACAACACGAGGAUGUAGAGUGUUACCGGUUUUAAACCUCUGGCCACUUGCCUUCUAAUUCUGUCUAAGCUUGGAGGUUCGUGGGUGACCGCUACUGUUGUUGAAUAUUUUAACGCCGUUGUCUUAAUCGCCAUUGAUUUGCUGCUGAAGACAAAAAAAAAGGUAAAGAGAAAAACAGGUUGGAAUCUAAAUACCAAAAUAUUCAGUUGGUCUUGAUUAUUUCGAGAAAGAACGAACAAAGCCUCCCCGUCUGGGAUACUGGAAAGGAUCCCUCGUCCUUCGCAUGCAUCUUGUUCAGAUGUGCCUUUUUGUUUCGGUGGGCGAAGAUGUCUUAAGCUAAAGAGUUGUUUGUCUACUGUUCUGAAGAACAAAGCUAUACGCCAUGUAUGUACAAUUGUUUAUAUUGUAUAUUUACAGAUAAUGCUAGUAACCUGUAUAAAUUUAAGUGACUCGAGGCCUAUAAUACAGUCUGCUACUCUUGCGAUCUCGUACGGUCAGAAGUGUUUCCUCUGGCAGGAACAGCCUUGCCUUCCAAACCUCAUAACUGUCUUUAGAGCUCACUUAACUUAAUCGUGAAUCCGUUUUGGAAAUUGGUAGCAUUUAAACCAGCAAACACUUAAAGCUUUAUUAAACUUUUUAAACUGAUAAGCGAAUGGAACUUUUAUUUGCCAGUUGAACUGCUUGUUCGGACUGGUGCGAGUGAGUCUGUUUUCCUGGUAGUACUGUAGCAGCAUUUAUAAAGUGGCCAGAAGCCACAUUUUAUUUACUGGUCUGUGGCCUUUUACUGUGCUUUGUAUCAGAGUUCUUAACAAGAUUAAUAAAUCACCCCAGUCUUAAUUUGUAA